AUGUCGAAAAAACAUCUUCACAAUCAAGCUGCUAUACCGUUAGCUCCAGCGGUGUUUAAGAAACCUCAAAUGCGGCCGAUGAUAGCCGAAUAUGAUCCCAAGAAAAAAGGAGUCAGAAAUGACUUAUCAGAUGUCGUUAUGGUCAAAUACAAAGUUGAUCCAAAUGAGAUCCCUGUGGAACAACAGGCGGGGUCCACUCUUCCUCUUAUGGAGAUACCGGGACGAGACAUUGAGGCCGACGAGGAUUAUAAUCCAUUUGAACACAGGAAAUUAGCUCAUCCAACAUCAGAUAUAGACACCCUCAUCCAUCUACUGAAAGGAUCUCUUGGAAGUGGAAUUUUAGCCAUGCCUAUGGCUUUCCUCAAUGCUGGAUUGUAUUUCGGUUUGGUAGCCACCUUCCUCAUCGGUGGCAUAUGUACUUACUGCGUUCACGUCCUUGUGAAGACCUCACAUGAGCUCUGUAAAAGGAUACAGAAACCAUCUUUGGGAUUCGCCGAGACUGCGGAAGCAGCUUUUCUUGCUGGCCCACCAGCUAUGCACAAAUUUUCAAGGCUUGCAAAGGCCCUUGUGAAUUGGUUUCUGGUAGUAGAUUUACUGGGCUGUUGCUGCGUUUACAUUGUAUUCGUUGCCAAAAAUGUGAAACAAGUUGUGGACUACCAUGCCAAAGACAGUGAGUGGUUCCCCCACGAUAUGGAUAUCCGAAUAUAUAUGGCAUUGUUACUUCCCCUGCUUAUUGCAAUGAAUCUUAUCAGGAAUUUGAAAUACCUGGCGCCAUUCUCAAUGAUUGCGAACCUUCUGGUCGGCACCGGCAUGGGCAUAACUUUCUACUACCUUUUCCAAGAUAUUCCAAGUAUAAGUGAACGUAAAGCUUUCGCUGGAUUUGACCACUUGCCGACUUUCUUCGGAACAGCUAUCUUCGCUCUUGAAGGAAUUGGUGUUGUGAUGCCACUUGAGAACAAUAUGAAGACUCCGAAUCAUUUCAUCGGAUGCCCUGGAGUGCUAAAUACUGGCAUGUUUUUUGUUGUCUCACUGUAUGCGUUCGUUGGAUUCUUCGGAUACUUGAAAUAUGGUGAAGCAACGUCAGGAAGCAUCACGAUCAACUUGCCUGAAGACGAAGUGCUUGGACAGAGUGUGAAGUUAAUGAUAGCUGUAGCCAUCUUUUUUACGUACAGUCUUCAAUUCUACGUGCCCAUGGACAUCAUUUGGAGAAACGUCCGUCACUGGUUUGGUGCUAAGAAGAAUCUCGCGGAAUACAGUAUAAGGAUUGCAAUCAUCAUAAUGACGCUUUGUAUCGCUGUUGCUAUUCCCAAUCUUGGGCCUUUCAUUUCUCUCGUCGGCGCUGUAUGCCUAUCUUUCCUAGGACUUAUCUUCCCUUCCAUAAUUGAGAUUGUCGCAUUUUGGGACCGACCUAAUGGCCUCGGACGUUUUAACUGGGUUCUAUGGAAAAAUUUGUUUUUGGUUGCUUUUGGAAUCUUAGGAUUUUUCACGGGUUCCUAUGUCAGUAUUUUAGAAAUAAUCAAUUCUAAGGAGUAA